AUGCGUCUAUUUUUGACUUUGUGUUCUCUUGUAGCCCUAACUUUGGCUAAGCCUCAAUAUAACUAUGGCUCCGGAGUUUCUGGUAGCUUUGGAGGCUCAGGCAUUGGUGGUGGUGCCUUUGGUGGAAGUUCCUCAUUUGGUGCUGGACCUUCCGUUGGUUCUGGCUCAAUUGUAGGAGGAGGUUCUUCAUUUGGAGGUUCAUCAUUUGGAGGUUCCUCAUUUGGUGGCUCCUCUUUAGGAGGCUCUUCCUUUGGAGGCUCAUCAUUUGGUGGCGCCUUAAACUAUCAAUCUGCUUCCCACAGUGCUGGACACUUUGAAGCUCCCUUGGUCCACAAGCAAUUUAUUACCGUUGCUGCUCCUGAGGAUAAUGAUAGCUUAUCGAAAUCGAAACAUUUGGUAAUUGGUCGCCCGCAAAAGAAUUAUCGUGUCGUCUUCAUUAAGGCUCCCUCAUCGAAUAAUGCCAAUGUUAAGCUCUCUGCGGAAUAUGCACCACAAGAAGAGAAGACUGUCAUUUAUGUUCUAUCCAAAAAGGAUAGUGCUUUGGAAGUUAAUGACAUUGCUACACCAGCACCCACUGUGCCAAGCAAACCGGAGAUCUUCUUCAUUAAAUAUAAAACUGAGGCAGAGGCUCAACAUGCCCAACGACAAAUUCAAGCUGAAUACGAUCAAAUUCAAGGUACCUCGGAACACACUGAUGCCGGAGUUGCUCCCCAACAAUCUGUUGUUGGUAUUUUGGAUGGUGGUAAUGCAAGUGGCGCUAUUGGAGGUGUUGUUGGUAACGGUGCUGCUAUUGGAUCUGGUUCAUUUGUCGGUAGCAGUGGUCCAUCGGCCUCAGGCUUUGUUGGUGGCCAAAAUGCAGGCUAUUUGCCACCAACAACUCAUUAG